UCCGCUUCUCCUCGUACCAUGAGCUGAAUCUGUCCGGGACAGACCAGGGAAGAUGGCGGCCACUGACCAUUCCCGGUCCGAAGCUGCCAAACAGCGUCGGCACGAUCAGCUACAGCGAUGGCUGGGCUCGGAGACGGAUCGGACGGGAUCGGAGGCCCGGGAAACUUCGAGCGGUUCCGGCAUGCGGCGGACGAAAGUCCGGUUCGCCCAAGGAGCCGUGUUUAUGGCCGCCUGCUCCGCCGGAGACCGGGAAGAGGUGGCAGCGCUGCUCCGGCAGGGAGCUGACAUCAACCACGCCAACAUAGACGGGCUGACAGCGCUUCAUCAGGCCUGCAUUGAUGAAAAUGCUGAGAUGGUGCAGUUUCUGGUGGAGAGCGGGAGUGAUGUCAACAGAGGGGACAACGAGGGCUGGACUCCUCUGCACGCUGCAGCGUCCUGUGGCUUCAUCCAGAUAGCUAAAUACCUGAUAGAGCAUGGUGCCCAUGUCGGAACGGUGAACAGUGAAGGAGAGCUUCCUCUUGACGUGGCCACAGAAGACGCCAUGGAGAGACUUCUCAAAGCUGAAAUUAAAAAACAAGGAAUAGACGUGGACAAUGCCCGAAAGGAGGAAGAGAGGAUCAUGCUUCAGGACGCCAUGGCGGUGCUGGCAGGGGGUGGCACUCUCACACCUCACCCUAACACCAAGGCUACCGCUCUUCAUGUCGCUGCUGCCAAAGGCUACAUUGAAGUCCUGAAGGUGCUGUUACAGUGCGGGGUGGACGUGGACAGCAGGGACACUGACAGCUGGACACCUCUGCAUGCGGCGGCUCACUGGGGGCAAGAAGAGGUGUGCACCCUUCUUGCUGAUAACAUGUGUGAUAUGGGUGCCAUCAACAACGUGGGCCAAACACCUCUAGAUGUUGCAGAUGAGAACCUCGUGGACACUCUGGAGGAGCUACAGAAGAAACAGAACGCUUUACGCAGCGAGAAAGAGAAACAGACUCCUGUUAUUGAGACCAGCCCGCAAAUCUCCAUGGUACCAGUUCGUGCACGCAGGACUUCUAUCUCUCGUAUGAGCAGUAAGGAGAAGAUCUGCCUCCACGAGCGAGAGAAGCAUCCACCUCCUGCCCUGCAGAGCAGUCCGGCUGAGGACGAGGAGGAGGAAGGCCAGACGGGACAGAGCCAGUCUCAUAGCCAGGUGAAAGCCUCCAGCAGCUCCAGCUCGGAGGAGGAGAGUGAAUCUGAGAGUGACACAGAGUCAGAGAAAGCAAAAAACCGAGAGAUCAUAAACAACUUGAACAACAAACGCAACACCAGCCUGCUUCCUACCUCCAUGUCAACGAGUACUGCUGCAAGCCAAGUGAAAAAGCAGGAACCAAGCAAACCCACAGCCACUGAGGCCCCGGGUUCCUGGAGAACAUCCCUGAGGAAGGCAGGCAGCUCGGUGGCUUUGGGCUCAGCUGGACUGUCUGACUCCAGCCAGGACCCCAGCAGACCUCCAGAGUCAGGCCUGGGCAUGACCCGCUCUGCCUCCAGCCCCCGCCUCAGCUCCGAGGCUGACCCCAAGGAGCCGAAGCUUGCUCGGGUACCGCCCAUUCCAACACGGAGGCUCUUCAGUAUUCCAGACAGCAGCCCUGACAACUCCAACAGUUGGCUAAGUCGUAGCUCCUCUUACACCCGGCGCCUUCAUAGUCAAACAGGGAAUGAUCUCACUAGUUCCACCCCCUAUUUGCUUCACAGAUGCGUUUGUGUUUCCAAUGGGUUUGGUCUCGUUUCUAGCUCAUCUUAUGGAAAGAGACUGGAUGACCCCACCGUGACCUCAGCUAGCACAGGAACAAGCUCUGCUGGACUCAGCCGCCUUAAUAGUGUCUUGGCACAGAGACUUCCUCAGGAACAGACAGAAAAGAAGGAUCAGUCUGCUGUCACCACCGUCAACUCUCAGAGCACAACCACAGGUGAACAGGAGACCAAGCAAAGGCGCAAAUCCUAUUUGACGCCUGUGCGGGAUGAAGAAGCAGAGGCACAGAGGAAGGCUCGCUCCCGACACGCACGGCAGUCCCGCCGCUCCACUCAGGGGGUGACACUAACAGAUCUGCAGGAGGCAGAGAAGACCAUGAAAACCAUGAAGACGGACAACAAAGGGAGAGAAAAGAAGGAGGAGGAAGAGAAGGAGAAAGAGAGAGAAGCAAAGCCAAAGAAGGGAGAGGAAGGGGAAGUGAGCUGGAGGUCUCGUAUUGCCAGCCUCCAGAAGUCAGACCUGCUGGGCCUCACACAGCCCGCUGGCACUCCUCGGCCUCAGGCUUCUGACAGGAAAGAUGUUGAGGCCAGCUCUGGGGAGAGUGAGGCUGAGCGAUGGGCCAGGGAGCGCAGGGAGAGGAGACAAGCUCGGGCCAGACGGAAGGCACAGAGGACCGGGGAGAGUGAUGACAAUGAACCAAGUGGAGAGGAAGAGUUCUCAGGCAGUGGGCUGGAUCCACGGACAGACCAAUACUUGAGUUCCAGGUCGGAUGUAUCCUGUAACGACUUUACCCAGGGAGGAGAAUCUGAGACCAAGGAUUUCAAGAAGUUGUUCGAGGAGGUCUCAAGAGAAAACAGCCUGCUCCAGUCUCAGCUGCAGGACACUCAGAGGAUUGUCAGUCAGACUAGGUUGGACCUGGAAAAGGCCACACAGAGACAGGAGCGCUUCAGUGACUGCUCAGCCCUGCUGGAGCUGGAGAGAAAGGACCGGAGGAUGUUGGAGCGGCGAAUGGCAGAGCUGGAGGAGGAGCUAAAGGUUCUGGUUGACCUGAGAGCAGACAACCAGCGUCUUAAAGAUGAAAAUGGAGCACUGAUCCGUGUCAUCAGCAAACUCUCCAAAUAGAUGUGGAGAGACGGAGAGAGACACACGAAGAGCAGGGAAGCCCCCCCUUUCCCUCCCUCCAUCCAUCCCUCCCUCCUUCCACACAUUCCUCCCAGUGCCAAAGAGCGAGAGGGGGGAGAGAAGCAGCAGAAUGUCCUACGUACAUGAGCACCACAGCUUGACUUGGAUUGUGAUGCUUCUCUGUUAACAGCUGGAGAGGCUUUUGUGUGCCUUAAUGCCCGUUUGUCACAGGAAGACCAACGGCACGAAGGCCCGAUGGCUUUGGUCAGAGGCUCCAACAGUAGCAACAUGAGACUUGACAAUAGCCAAAAUGCCCAUGGCUGGUGCAACACACAAAUCACAACAUUUACUACGACUGUGCAUCAGUGGGAACCCAAACAUGCACACACAUUCCUAUGCGUGCAUCACAUACUUCCUCAAUGCACAUUCCUCUGAGCGCACAAGGCAGCUUGGGCCUUAAAGCUCCCACUUAGUAUUUAUUUUUUUGUGAACACACUCACGUCACACACUCACAAAUUUACCCCACUCACUGUCCAAAUCUAAUGUGUUGUCAAGCAGUAAAGGUGUUGGUGUAGUCUUUUAAAACUCAGCUCUGAAACACAUUUCAGGCUGUCUUUACAUUCAGCAACGUCCUGAUGAUGCGGGGAAGUCCAUGAAGCUCUGAUGGGUCUUUUUUUUCUUUCUUUUUUUUUUUCUCUUUUCUUUUUCACGUGCAAGUGUUUGAACCCACCUACCUCUCCACCUAUGCACUUCCCCGCAUACAUUUUUAUAUUUGUGACCACAGACACACUCCAUGCUCUUAAAAAUGGCCGCAGAACCAGGUCAGUCGACCACAGCACUUUACUCUCUGCAAAGCAAGAAAAGAUGUGCAAGGCUUUGCCCGUCCUCCAGACAGACAACUUUACUUUUCAGAGCAGCACCUUCUCCCUCAGUAAGUGGAGGGAGAGGUUACCCAUAGCUGAAGGUCAAAGGUCAUUGCACAAUUAUAAUUAAAUUGCUGUUCUGUCAAAGCGUGUUAUGCUAUGAAUGGUUUUAAUUAUUACCAUUGAUAAAGAUAUUAUUUUCAUA